AUGGAUACAGAUACGAUCCCAGUCACCGGCGUUGAAGAACUAGAGAAGCAUCUAGACGAACUCGUUGCAGAUCCGAAUCUAGACCUGAAUGCUAAGCUUUUCGACCAUGUAGAGCUUCAGCUUACUGACGCCAAUAUACCACCUCUCAUCCCGAAGCUUCUCCCAAAGCUCACAGAGAUUCUCAAGAAAUACCCCCAGGAUCCCAAGAUUUUAUGUAGCUUAGCCAUCAAGCUUCUCGCCCCCCUGAACUUCACCCAAAUAUUAUCUUUGGCUUCCGAAGAAGCUCUCAUACUAGCUCUACAGUCCCCUGCUCCCUCAGCAAACAUUCUCGCCAUGACUGUACUUGAGAAAGCAGCCAAGUCUCCUGGCGAUGCUGCCAUCCUUGCCAUGAUGAAUAGCAUGAUUAAAAGCUUUAUCAUACAAUGGCUGAGUGCGCCGCAGGUGGAAGUCGGUGAGAAAGGAUCCAAAAUUUUGGGGGAUCUUUUAGAUAUUGACUGCGACACUCGACCACCUGAUGGCUUAUCAGUUAACGGAAUGGAAAUCGUGGUCAGAAAGCCUCCUGGUCAGGGGCUUUUAUGGAGGAGAAUUUUCAAUGAUCGCGACAUUUAUGACCUCAUACUGUCACUUUGCACGAACCAUCCUCUCGGUACCCAACAGCAGUCGCUUGCCCAAGGUCGUUUACUCCGGGUCUUACCUCGUCUGGCUGCUUUGAACUUCCGUGCUGUUACUUGGUCCGACUUCGCCGACUUGAACCAGAAGUACACCGAUUCCACUAACAACCGCGGGAUCUUGCAUUUUGCCGCUCUCUUCAUGGUUGAUAAAGAGGACAUGCUAAUGCAUCUCAACCUCAUCGACUUUUUCGAAGCCCUCCUCAGUAUUCAACGGAUUACACCUUUUUCUACCCACAAGAUUGAUACUCUUAAAAAUAUUGUGAGGGAUGCUACCGCACAGGAUAAUGUCCUGAAGGCCGCAAUCCUGACCUUGCCUGAGCGAACAGUGCCCGAAGAAGCUGAUGAACUUCGUCAAUUCAUCCAAGAAAUCUUGAAUUCUGAAUAG